AUAAAUAAAUAAAUGAAAUAAUGGCUAUCUUUUGCCGUCUAAAUACACACAUUGUCAGUAUUAUUGCAUGUGAACUGGAGUGUGAGUCAAAUGUGUACACACACGAGAUGCGAAUGCGAUGAAUAAAAUACGCGUACGCAGCACAUAUAAGUCAAAACAGACGAAUGAACGGCUCAUUCAAAAGAAUAUGUCGUAUAAAUAGCGAUUUCAUUCAAGGUUUAUUAACUUUGAAUCGCCGUACACACGAAAAUAGUCACUAACAAAAAAAAAACUCGCAAAUGAAACGAAUGCAAUCGACCACGAUUGUGUGUGUGUGUGUGUCUGUUGGCCACCUAUGCCAUUUAAUCUCUUAUAAGAAGAUAUGCGUUUCCUUAAGAGAGAUCAGUUUUGUUUAGAACGCGGGACAGUCAACACCUGAGAAAAAAACAACCAUCCAGUGCUUUUUGGGAAUUAUAAAGUGAACAAUAAAAUAGUAUACAAAGCAAAUAGCAUUAUAUUUCGACGAAAGUGUUUAAUAUGAUGAAAGGUGUCACAGUAAUUUCGUGUUUGUGUCUACUGCUAAAUGUCGAUGCACAAACAGAAUCGAAAUGGAAUUGGUCAUCGAAAAAUCGAAAUAAUAAUGAGGGUGUGCGUGAUCGACCCACCGUUGAUCGUCGAAAAUAUGAGAGUUUGGAGGAUUUUCGCGAUCGAUAUGAAGUGAGCGAAUAUUCAACGCGAAAACCAAACACACAAGCUGAUGAAUUUUAUGGGAAUAGUCUUAGCGUAGGCGGCGCUAACGGUGGCGGUGGUUAUGGUUUCAAUGGACCAAACAACAUCGGUAAUGGAUACCAUGGCAAUGGUUUUGGUGCUUAUGCUCCGCAAGGCUUAGGAGGUGGACCGAAUAAUUUCAACAAUUAUCCAUUGUACGGAAAUCAAGCGAACGGACCAUAUAAUCCCGGAUUUGGUUAUCAGCCAAAUAACUUCAAGCCAGGUUUUAAUAACAAUUUCUAUCCAAAUGGCGGAGGUUAUGGGCCUGGUUUUACACCGAAUUACGGCAAUGGCGGCCAAUUCUAUCCUGGCAGCGGUAUUGGUGGUGGUGGUGGUGGUGGAGGUGGUUUUGAUUUGCUUGAUCUUUUAGCUGGUCUGGGCGGAGGGCCAAAUCGUUAUCCUGGAGGCUACAACCCAUUGGGGAAUAGUGCGGCAAAUGGAGUUUUAGUUGGACCUGGAGGGCCAACAGGCUUAUAUGGACGACCACCAAACUAUGCAGGUCCUGGCCAAUUACCAUUCGGUGGCAAUGGCAUCGGCCUUGGCGGAGUCGGAAAUCCUUAUGGAUUUAAUAAUAAUGGAUUUUAUAAUAAUUACGGCACACCAUAUGGUAACGGUUAUCCACAAAAUAAUGGUAUUAUUCCAUUUAACAGUAAGGCUGGGUCGGGUAUUCUUGCCGAUGCCGAAGCCGACGACCCAAAAGGCAGAGAACUCGAUAAAAAGUCCAACAAAUAAAGACUUGGAACGAAUACGUUUAGUUUGUAUAAGGAACAAAGCAUAUCCAUUCUUUGUUCAACAAAGUCGAAUUUAAUUUAAAUCAAUUUCCAUUUAUAUAUGUAUAGAAUAUUGUUUUUCAAUCAUUCUUUCUGUAAUUUAUAACUGUGAUCUGUAUAAAA